AUGAUGUCCAAGAAUUCCUCCUCAAAUGUUACUGUACGAUCUGGAUUCUUCUUCAUCAGUGGAUUUUCUAACAUUCCACACAGCAACUAUUACCACAUUUUCUUGUCUUUUGUUUAUGUUGUUACUAUGUUGGGAAACUCAUUUGGCAUGAUUAUUAUUUACAGAGGGCACAGUCUUCACACUCCAAAGUAUAUGGCUAUUUUUAACUUAGCCAUCACUGAUGUGUGCCAGAGCACUGCACUUAUUCCUAAUUUGAUUAAAACCUUCCUGUUUCAUUCACAGGAAAUUACUUAUGAGGCUUGCUUGGCAAAUAUGUUUUUUGUGUUUUUCUUCAGCUGUAUGCAGUCAACCGCUCUUGUUAUUCUGGCAUAUAAUAGAUUUGUUGCAGUAUGUUUUCCAUUGAGGUAUCAUGCUGUAGUUGGGGGGCGCGGGGUGGGGGUGCUUAUCACUAUCACGUGGAUGUUCAAUUCAGCAGUCAUGUGUUUCACAGUGGGUUUGAUCACCAGACUCUCCUUCUAUAAGUCUACAGUGAUUGACAGCUACUUCUGUGACAAUGGACCAGUGUACAGAUUGGCUUGUAAUGACUAUUCUGUGAACAUCAUGAUGUCUUCUCUUAACAUAGUUACAUUUAUUUCUCUACCACACCUCUCUUCCUUAGAGUGCACUCAGUUACAACAUCAAAACCCUGGAAAGAGGAAAAUGAGUGUCAUGUUUUCCAAGAAUUCCUCCUCAAAUGUUAUUGUGCGACCUGCAUUCUUCUUCAUCAGUGGAUUUUCUAACAUUCCAUAUAGCAACUACUACUACAUUUUCUUGUCUUUUGUUUAUGUUGUUUCAAUGCUGUGAAACUCAUUUGUCAUGAUUAUUAUUUACACAGACCGCAGUCUUCACACCCCAAAGUAUAUGGCUAUUUUUAACUUAGCCAUCGCUGAUGUGUGCCAGAGCACUGCACUUAUUCCUAAUUUGAUUAAAACCUUUCUCUUCGAUUCACAGGAAAUUACUUAUGAGGCUUGCUUGGCAAAUUUGUUUUUUGUGUUUUUCUUCAGCUGUAUGCAAUCAACCACUCUUGUUAUUCUGGCAUACGAUAGAUUUGUUGCAAUAUGUUUUCCACUGAGGUAUCAUGCUGUUGUCACAAACAUCUCAAUGGGAGUGCUUAUCACUGUCACAUGGACAUUCAAUUCAGCAGUCAUGUCUUUCACAGUGGGUUUGAUCACUAGACUUUCCUUCUGUGAGUCUACAGUGAUUGACAGCUUCUUUUGUGACCAUGGACCAUUAUACAGAUUGGCUUGUAAUGACUAUUCUCUGAACAUCAUGAUGGCUUAUUUUAACAUAGCUACAUUCAUCUUUCUACCUCUAACUUUAAUUGGAUUGUCAUACAUCUGUAUUUUGGUGGCGCUAUUUAAAAUCACGUCAUGGGAAGGGCGUUUAAAAGCCUUUAAAACCUGCUUUUCCCACUUGACAUUGGUGUCUAUAUUUUACAUUCCCGUAGUGGGUACUUACAUAACUGCUUUGACUGUUUCCAUCCACCGCAAUGCCCGAAUAAUCAAUACAUCACUAUCAUACUCAUUACCUCCAAUGAUUAAUCCCAUUGUGUAUUCACUGAAUACUGCAGACAUCAAGGAGUUUGCCAAAAAAAUUUUCAGAUCAACUAGAUGCAAUAGAAUUGCAACUGCUUUAGAAAAAUAA